AUGCAAGUAGGAAUCAACUGGGUGUCUCGCUUUUGUGAGCGGCAUAAAGCAAAGAUCAAGAGCAUCUAUCUUCGUGCUCUGGAUCAAAAGAGAAAGCAGGCAGAUAAUAGCUACUAUUUUGAACACUUCUUUACUCUUUUGCAGGAGAAGAUCAAGCAGUAUAAUAUCCUACCCCAGAACACCUACAAUUUCGAUGAAAAAGGCUUUCUUCUUGGCCUCCUUCGUACCCUCAAGCGAAUCGUUUCUAUAGAAGCUCUCAAACGGAAGCAUACAAUUGGAGCAGUGCAGGAUGGCAGUAGAGAAUUCAUUUCUCUGCUUGCCGGUAUUUGUGCAGAUGGAACUACAAUUCCACCUGCACUCAUUUACCGCGGGGAAUCAAGAGAUAUGCAAGAUACGUGGCUUGAAGAUUUUGAUCCUAAAAAGGAUCAGGCAUACUUCGCUGCUUCAGAAAAUGGAUGGAGUAAUGAUGAAUAUGGGUUAACCUGGCUGAAACAGGUGUUUGAUCCUCAUACAAAGCAAAAAGCAAGAAAUCAUUACCGCCUGCUUAUAUUAGAUGGCCAUUCAUCUCAUAUAAAUAUGGCAUUCAUUGAUUAUGCGGAUCAGAAUCGAAUUUUGCUUAUUAUUCUUCCUCCCCACUCUACACACCGUUUACAGCCGCUAGAUGUUGGAAUAUUUGGCCCACUUGCAAAGGCAUAUUCAGAUCAACUAGAUUCCUAUACACGUUCUGGCUAUGGCUUUAUUCGGACUACAAAGCGAGAUUUUUGGCGAUUAUUUCGUGCUGCAUGGGAAAUCUCUACAACUGCGGAAAAUAUCAAAUCUGCCUUCAUGGCCACUGGCAUACAUCCUAUAGAUCCUGCCCGCGUUCUCAAAAAGAUUCAACCACGUCCACUUACACCCCCGGAACUGCUUCAGCAGCGUACACCUACAUCUAUCGAGCUUUGCGAGGCCUGA